UGAGAUUCCUUAAAUAAAACAUUGAUAUUGCUAUAUUUUCCUAUCUGACAAUCACUCCAUUUUCCCUACAAUCUUCUACUUUCAUCAAAUUUUCAAUCAAAAAUGGGUAUCCCUCACUUUCUUGCUAUUCCAUACCCAAUUCCAGGUCAUGUGAACCCCCUUAUGCAAUUAUCUCAUCUCCUCUCCAAACAUGGCUGCAAGAUCACUUUCCUCAACACAGACUACAUCCACAAAAGAACCAACAACAAUAUUUCCAUUUCUGACAAAAACAACCUUAAAAAUGAACCAACAACAAUAAACUUUGUGACACUUCCAGAUGGUUUGGAACCUGAAGAUGAUAGAAGUGACCACAAGAAGGUUAUUUUCUCAAUAAAAAGAAACAUGCCUUUGAUGCUUCCAAAGGUGAUAGAAGAAGUGAAUGAUUUGGAUGUUGAGAAUAAGAUUUCUUGUAUUAUUGCUACUUUUAAUAUGGGAUGGGCUUUGGAAGUUGGGGUCAAUUUGGGAAUUAAAGGUGUUCUUCUUUGGACUGCUUCUGCUACUUCUUUGGCUUGUUGUUAUAGAAUUCCUCAACUCAUUCAUAAUGGAACUAUUGAUUCUCAAGGAUUUCCAACAAAAGCACAAGAAAUUCAGCUCUCCCCAAAUAUGCCUAUGAUGAACACUACAAACUUUCCAUGGAGAGCCCAUGACAAAAUCUUAUUCGAUCAUAUUGUACAAGAGAUGUCAACCGUAGAGCUAGGACAUUGGUGGCUUUGCAACACAACUCAUAAUCUAGAGCAUGCAACAUUUUCCAUCUCACCAAAGAUUCUAUCAAUUGGUCCAUUAAUGUCAAAUGAAAUCAACAAUAGUUCAUUCUGGCAAGAAGACACAACAUGUUUAGAUUGGCUAGAUCAACAUCCACCUCAAUCCGUCAUAUAUGUUUCCUUCGGUAGUUUGGCGGUUAUGGACCAAAACCAAUUUAAUGAACUCGCUUUAGGACUUGAUCUCGUGAACAAGCCUUUUCUUUGGAUUGUUCGUCCGAGUAAUGACAACAAGGUAAACUAUGUAUAUCCGGAUGAAUUUGUUGGAACUAAAGGGAAGAUUGUUGGUUGGGGACCGCAGAAGAAAAUAUUGAACCAUCCGUCUGUAGCGUGUUUCGUUAGUCAUUGUGGUUGGAAUUCUACUAUAGAAGGUGUUUAUUGCGGUGUACCUUUCUUGUGUUGGCCAUUUUCCGGCGAUCAAUUUGUUAACAAGUCAUAUAUUUGUGAUGUGUGGAAGGUUGGAGUUGAACUAAACAAAGAUGAAAAUGGUUUAACGUCAAGAGAAGAGAUAAAGGAGAAGGUGGAAGAAUUGCUUGGAGAUCAAGGAAUACAAGAAAGAUCCUUGAAGCUUAAGAAAUUGACAUUGGAUAACAUAGUAGAAGAAGGUCACUCUUCAAAGAAUCUCAAAAACUUCAUCAAUUGGGCUAAGUAAUAAUAAUUUAGUAAUUGUGUUGGUUAUUGUUGUAACAUUGGAUUUUGUCUAUGUUUUAUUUCAUUUCUUUUUUAGCAUACACUAGAAGAACAUUUUCAUGACA